AUGAGGUUCCUCACGGGACUGCUCGUGCUGGGCAUGUCCCUUUGGACAACCCAAGCUUAUGAGAUUGGACUGAGCAACAAGGAGGGUUAUCAAGAAUACUGUACCGGCAUGUACAGCAAGUCCUCAUGGGGCGGACCCGUCGACCCAUUCAUCCUCGUCAAGUUCCUUAACGCAAGCGACGCUGGUGUCAAAGAUCCAACUGCGAGUCUUGUGAUAUUUGAGUGGAAGGACAGAAACCUCGUUGGCAUCCCUGACCCCGAUACUCCCGGCAACCGACUCGGCGUCUGCGGUGAUGAUUUCGUCAAGCAGGGCUACUGCAACAAGACCGAUGUUGGCAAAUUCAUCUUGCAUCCCGAUGUCGAUAAGAAGUCCAGCAGUUUGGUCCUUACCAAGGCUGUCCAUCUCAACAGCGCUGCUCCGAUCAACUAUGCUAUCAAGAAGACCGGAUACUACUGCGUCCUCACAGAUGUGGUGAACACUAAGAACUACGACCUCGUAGUCGAGUACCGCAACGCCUAUGGCGAACUCGAGGCUACCCAGAUUCCCAAGUUGCCCUUCUAUGGUGGUAUGAGUAUUUUGUAUGCUCUUCUUGCUGCUUACUGGGGAUUCUUGUACUACCAACACAGACACGAUAUCUUGGCUGUUCAAAACUACAUUACGGCCAUCCUCGUUUUCUUGGUUGUCGAGAUGCUUAUUACUUGGGGUUUCUAUGAAUACCAGAACCGUCACGGCUCGAACAUCGGCUCCAAGAUUUUCCUUACCAUUGUUGGAGUUCUCAACGCCGGCCGGAAUUCGUUUUCCUUCUUUCUACUACUCAUCGUCUGCAUGGGUUAUGGUGUGGUGAAGCACACCCUUGGUAAGACCAUGAUUAGGGUGCGCUGGCUUGCUGCAGCUCACUUCCUGUUUGGGCUUGUCUACUCGCUCACUUUCCUCUCUAUUACUCCUGAGACGGCUGGCCCAUUCGUGCUCUUGAUUGUACUUCCUUUGGCAGGUACAUUGACUGCCUUCUAUGUGUGGACCCUCAACUCGCUCAACUGGACUCUCAAGGAUCUUCGCGAGCGAAAGCAACACGCCAAAGAAGCCAUGUACAGGAAGCUUUGGUGGGCUAUCCUCAUCAGCGUCAUGGUUAUCUUCGGCUUCUUCUUCUUCAACAGCUUCACAUUCGCCUCGGCUAGCGAUCCCGACUUUGUCCCCUUCCACUGGAAGACUCGAUGGUUCAUUCUGGAUGGCUGGUUAAAUGUGGUUUACUUAGCCGAUGUCGCAUGGAUCGCCUACCUUUGGCGUCCCACUUCCAACAACCGCCGCUUUGCCAUGAGUGACGAGAUUGCGCAAGAUGACGAUGGCAACUUUGACCUUGGCGAUAUCGGCGUCCCAGGAGAAGACUCGGACGAUGAGGAGGCUGAAGUGGGCAAGCCUCGCAACGACUCGAAUAAUGCCAAUGGAUUGUCAUUCUCGAGCACAUCGCAGAGUGUUGCUCAACAGCAAAGAAACACUCGUAACGCCCCACGCGAGUCACUGGAGAACGAGACUAUCUUUGCUAUUGGCGAAGAUGGUGAUAGAUUUUCGGAUGACGGGAGCGACGAGGAGGAUGCGAAGCUUGUGAAAACAAAGUAA